AUGGUGCCUAAGCAUGCUUUCACCCUUUGGCUGGCUGCCAAAGCAAAGCUUCUUACGAGGGAUAGGCUGCUUUAUCUUGAUAUUGACAGAAAUUGUGCACUAUGUGGGACUGAUGUGGAGACCAACAGUCACCUAUUCUUUCAAUGCCCUUUCAGCAAAUCAGUUUGGGGCAGCAUCCGUGAAUGGCUGGGACUAUCGAGGCUCAUGAGCACUAUUCCAAGUGCUUUAAAAUGGUUAAAGAAAGAAGCUCGAGGAUCAUCGUGGCAAGCCAAGGUCAAGAGGAGUGCUCUUGCCUGCACUGUUUACUACCUUUGCAACACAAGGAAUAGGAAGAUUUUUGAAGACAAUAUGCCUUGUAUUGAUUCUGUCAUCCGUAGGAUCAAAACACAAGUAUACAGGGUUAUUUUUACUUUGUAUCCUCAUGUUUUGAUUCAGUUUGAGGCCCUCUCUAUGGGUCAUUGA